ACCCAAACCUCUACAUUGAUCAACAUAAGAAAAGGCAAAAAUAUGUUCUUAUCCAAAAUUUUACUGCACUAAUUAAGUAGAUGAAGACAUGUUAGAUAUAUUGUAGGCCAGAUAAAGAGAGGAUUGGAUCUGCAGGAGGAUCGGGAGAUGGCAAGAAGUUAUUGCUACAAAGAUAUUUUGCCAUUCAUAGCCAUGGUUUCAGUAGAAUGUGGGAACGUAGGAGUCAACAUCUUGUUUAAAGCUGCAACUUCCAAGGGGAUGAGCUACUACAUCUUCAUCACCUAUUCAUAUGCUAUUGCCAGCCUUGUUCUCCUUCCUUUAUCCUUCAUUUUUUACAGUAGAACAGUGCUUCCCCCAUUGAAGUUCCAUCUUGUCUCCAGGAUUUGCCUUCUUGGCCUUAUUGGGUUUUCAGGUCAAAUAUGUUCAUAUAAAGGUAUAGAAUAUAGUUCCCCAACUCUUGCUUCAGCCGUCGGCAACCUCUCACCAGCUUUUAUCUUCAUACUUGCUGUCCUUUUCAGGAUGGAAAAAGUAGCAUUGAGAAGCUCAACUUCUCAAGCCAAAAUCAUGGGCACCAUAGCUUCAAUAUCAGGUGCACUAGUUGUAGUUCUGUACAAAGGCCCCAAAGUUUUAUCUUCCUCCCCCUGGACAUUAUCAUCUGUUUUACAUCAAUGGCCUUUGGAGUCAUCAUCAGAAUCAAAUUGGGUUAUUGGUGGGAUCUUACUUGCUGUUGCCUAUCUUCUUUUUUCAUUCUUGUACAUUAUUCAGACCCAAGUUAUGGAGAUAUACCCGCACGAGCUGACUGCAGCCUUCUUUUACAACUUAUGUGCUACCAUUAUAGCUAUACCAGUAUCCUUAAUAGCAGAACCAAACUUGAGUUCUUGGAGAUUAACACCUACUGUAGCAGUAGCUGCAGUCCUAUACUCGGGAGUAUAUUCAUCCAUCAGCUCUUCUGUGCGCAUAUGGGGUCUUCACCUGAAGGGGCCUGUCUAUGUUGUAAUUUUCAAGCCUCUGUCAGUUGCCAUAGCUGCUUUUAUGAGUGCCAUAUUUCUUGGUGAUGCUCUGCAUCUUGGAAGUGUCAUUGGAGCAGUUAUCAUAACCAUGGGGUUUUAUGCUGUAAUAUGGGGAAAAACAAAAGAACAAAGGAUUGAUGGCUUAAGUCGUUUGGGGCACUUGUCCAAUGACAAGACCCCUUUGUUGCAAAGUCAUAAAGAAGAAGAUAUAUAGGCACAAACAUUAUCUACAAAAAUAGUAGCGGUUCAUUGUGUCCUCAAUUAUCAAUUAAUUUGUUCCAUGCAAUGGCAGUAUAGAUUAAAAACAGUAUAGCAUCUACAAUUUAUUUUGUUUUCGGUUGAAAGAUCAAACUUAGAGUACUUCAAGCGACAGAGAUGAUCACCUUUUUACCAUGCAAU